UAGAGGUUUUGAUGAUAUCAGGCUACCAAAUCUUGAGGCAUUUAGAGAACUCAAUCUAUAUCUUGGCAGGGCAGUCAUUGUUUUGCAGCCAUAGUGGAUCUGUUUUCUCUUUGUGCCUGCUGGAAACACGUAUCUGAGCCUUCACAGAGUAAUAAAAACAUAUGGUGAAUUGAACAUAAAAUCAAUCUGAGAAUGUCUAGUCGCCGGAGUUUCUGGGUCACCACGGUUGUCAGUUCGCCGGAGAGUUACCGGCUCGCCGCCGCCACUGGAUGCUGGCUGUUACUCUGCCGGAGCUGCUGGACUUUGCCGGAACAGAGGUCGCUGGACAAGGGGUUGCCGGCAGAAAUCGUCGCUGGACCACUGUGGUCAGUCACCAGCAUUGCUGCCGGAACUCGCCGUUGGAUUGAGCGCUGUCGCGUUGCUGAUUUGCCAGAGAAGAAUUCGCUGGAGUUGAUGCUCGGAUUUGUCCAGACGUCGUCAGAGCUUGCUGGUUCGAGGUUCCCAGAUCGCUCCCCGUCGUCGCUUCUGUAGAUCGUCGCCGGUCGGACUCUUCCGCCUUGCCGUCGUAACCAUGUCUGCGAAUCGAAGAAGAAAGAGGAGCAAGGACGACGGCGAUUUCGAUCGAAGCAGCGAAAGCCCCCGUUUGAGAAAAAGACUUCCCAUUCUAACAAAAAUAAGUGUUAAACCAUAGUUCAUUUCCAAUUUUAUUCCUAAUAUGAUGGGUAAAAGUAAGAUGUAAUGGAUAGAUUAUUAGAAAAAAAGUAUGAUGUGAUACGUAGGAUAUGAAAAAGUAAGGGUAAAAGUGGUUUUUUAAUAGAAAGAGGAAGUAUUUUGUUGUAAGCGGAAAAAAUGAAAGAGGAAAUGUUUU